AGCCAAAAAAAAUAAAGGAAAAAGCGAAGGGUUUUUGCUUUCCGAGUUUUUGAAGCAAAGCAGACCAAACCCUUCACUGUUCUUCACUCAGCUUUCACCAAUGAAGUUCCUCUUUCGAUCCAUUUACAGUCCCAACAGGACUCUGCUUCGAGCUCUGGGUCGGCGCCAGUUUUCUGAUUCGGCAGGAGUAAAAGCCAAACGAAACUAUGCUGAAAAUGUCUCUGAAUACAACACUGUCCUCACUUCUCUCGUUACUAAACGAAGGCAUUUUCUGUUGAGGGAUGUUUAUGAUGAUAUGAUGCUGGAUGGGGUACGGCCAACUAGAGAUACUUUCGAGGCUUUGAUUAUGGGAACCAUGAGAGGGGCACGGCUGCAAGAUGCUUUCUUUUUCAGAGAUGAAAUGAAGGCCAUGGGAUUAGUCCCUGAGGUCACUUUAUAUAACUUUUUGAUCUCAACCUGUGGGAAAUGCAAGAAUUCGAACCUUGCAAUUCAGAUUCUGGAAGAAAUGAAGAGAUAUGACGUGAAGCCUAAUGGACAAACUUAUGUUUGUCUGCUUAAUGCAUGUGCAUCAAAUGGACGAUUAGAUCAAGUAUUAGCAAUAGUUCGUGAUAUGACUGCUGCUGGUGCUGAAUUGAACAAGUUUUGCUACGCUGGACUUAUUGUUGCACAUACGAACAAGAUGCCUAGAGCAGAUGAUAUAGCAACCAAAAUUAUUGAGUUAGCUGAACAGUCUAAAGGAUGGUCAUCUCUUGAAGCAAGCGGAAAUACUGGGAAUGCAAUGCUUGGCAUUUCUGAAGAAGAGUUAUACAACUUACCUACUGCUGAUUUUGUUCAUAGGCGCUUUUUCUUAUACAGGCAGUUUACUGUAUACCAUGUUGCAUUUCAUGCUUGUGCAGACCUUAGGAAUGUAGAGGCGAUGGAAACUUUACUGGAGAUGCUCAAGAAUGAUGGUAAAAUUCCUGACAUCUUUAUUACCGUGCAAAUUAUGAGAUGCUAUCUUAAUGCUGGAGACAUCGACCAUGGUGUUCAAAUUUUUGAAGACUACUUAAAUGAAGGGAAGCCUCCAGUAAUGGAACUUUAUGCAACACUUGUUGAGGGAGCUAUGAUUGGGUAUACUCCCAGAGGAAUGCAACUUGCUCAAGAAACACUGGUUAAGAUGAAUUCUAGGAACUUUUUCUUGAACGCUAAAGUAGGAAGCGAUCUCCUCCUUGCUGCUGCUGGUGAGAAGACGGGUGGAUAUACAAAUGCAAACUAUAUAUGGGACCUGAUGCAUGCUCGCAAGGUAGUUCCUUCUCUUUCUGCAGUGGACGCUUAUUACAAAGGCCUAAAACAACGUGAGAUACCGGAAAAUGAUCCAAGAUUGCAACUAGUUUCUCGUACCUUAAACAACCUGCGUUUUAGAUUCGGAAGAGGACCUGCUUGACCUGAGGAGGAAAUCUGCUUUAUUUUGUACCCAGUACUGUUGCCAUGUUGAAGUAGAAAUUUGAGGCAAAAUCUUCUUCUUUAGUCAUAGUAAUUGCUACAUAUGAAUGAAUUGGUUCCAUAAGAGAAGAGGAAAUAGAUGGAUGGGCUUGUUUUGGAUGCAUGUGGCAGAUAUUAGGUGGUUCAUUCUCCAUUGUAAAAUUGAACUUUUUUUUUUUUUUUGUUCUUAGCUAAUUCAGUUGACAUUUCUAUUUUUCCAGAAUAAAAAAAAUAAUUUAUCUUACCAAUUGUAUGAAUCAUUAAUUGUAAAAAAUAAAUAAAAAAAAGGU